AUGGACUUGCCACAAGCCGUCAUAGCUCGCUGGAAGCGUCGCGAGAUCCGUGAAGGACGAAUCGCUGCGAGCCAGGAUCCGGACACGAGUGACCUCUGCCGCAGCGAGAUCGAACAACUGCGCGGCCAGCGCCCGUCCAUCGACCGCGACGCGUCGCUGGCGCUGUGGCUCGAACACGCGACACGGAACGAUGCCGAUCGCCGCGAUGCGCUUGAGGAGGCCGCCGACUUGCUGACCCGCGCCACGGUUAUAGCCGAGCGCCGCGACCAGUACGACGGCCUCGACGAUUUACGACGAUGGCGGCGGCGGACCUGCUACCUGCGCGACUGCGCGACGGCUCCUAUGCCCGAGGCAGCCGCGACCGAGGAAGUGCCGCGGCUAGAAAAAGACGCGUCAGCCGCCGCCGUCGCCGCGUUCCUCGCGCGCGGCGAGCCUGUGCUUGUCGAGGGCGGCGCCGACGCCUGCGUCGCGGCCCGCGGCGCCUGGGCGCCGGCGGCCCUCGCUGCAUCGCUCGGCGCCAAGAGCGCUCCGCUCAAGGCCGCCGACGCGCCGUCGAGCGGCGAGUCCUGGGCCGGGCUCGGCACGAAGGGGCAGCUGCCGCUCGGCGCCUUCCUGGAGCGGCCCGACGAAGGACUGUACCUCCACGACUGGUCGCUGCCGCGGAACGCGCCGGAGGCGCUCCUCGACGAACUGAGGACGCCGCGGUGGCUGCGCGGCGACUUAUUGCGCCGCUGCGGCGACGACGUGCCCUACGCCGGCGCGUGGCCGUCGCUGUUCGUGGGCGCGCCGGGCACGCGGUCGACGUGCCACGUCGACAGCGGGUCGCUGCACUUCGCCAUGGCCCUCGUCCACGGCGGCGCGAAGAAGUGGCGCGUCUGGCGGCGCGAGGACGCGGCCUUCCUCUACCCACGGUUCGCUGUGUCCGCCGAUGAUGUGCUGUUCGACGCCGCGAGGGCGGGCGCGGCGCAACCGCGCUGGGUCGUCUGCCAGAAACCUGGUGAUAUUGUAUUUGUGCCGUCGGACUGCCCGCACGCCGUCGACAACGACGGCGUGACGGUCGGCAUCGCGACGAAUUUCGUGGACGGCUCGAACGUCGACGCGGUGGCGGCGUCUUUAGCCGACGCGGGCGACGCCGCGUCCCUGCGGUUGCGCCAGCGGCUAUUGGCGCUUGCCGACGAGGGCGAAGACGUCCCGGCGAAGCGAGCGCGUGUCUAA